UCUCCAUGGCACAGCCCCGCUGGAAUGUCAGCUGGACAUUCCGGGCUCCUGCCAGCGCCGACGCAGUCGGGCCAUGCCCAAAUGUUCCCUCAUUCCUCCCUCUGGAGCCGCAGCAAGAAGCAGCAAGGAACGCGGCACAGGCAGCGCCCCAAGGCUCGGCCGCAGCCCCCGGCGGACACCGGCAUCCACAGAUUUCAUCGGUGAAAGCCCAGCGUGGGGGAAAACCCAGCGUGGGGGAAAUACCAGAGUGGGUGAAAAGCGUCCCAGCGUGAGUGAAAACUGGCCCAGCACUGCCCACCCCAGCCGGUGUUUCCCACCUCCGUGUGCUGCUGCUGAAGGGGCUUGGGCUGUGCCUGGCACCAUGGUGGGUCAGAGCCCCCUGGGCCCUGGCGAGGGCAGGGCUGCCGUGCUGCUGCAGCCCUUCGUGCACCAGGUGGGCGGCCAUAUGAGCAUGCUGACCUACGACGAGCACACCAUCUGCAAGCCCCUGGUGUCGCAGGAGCUGAGCUUCUACGAGUCCCUGCCCCUGGCCAUGAGACAGUUCACGCCUCAGUACAAAGGCAUUGUGUCCGUGCACCUCAAGAAGGACAGCCUUGGCAACCUGACCCUGAUCGCCAGCCCCGGCCUGGGGCAGCCGGACAGCUGCGGCCGCCUGGACAGCGCCGGCGGUGACCCCGCGGUCACCCUAUGGCACAAAUGCAAGUGGACGGCCAGUGCCAGCAGUGAGCACGGGCUCGUCAAGUGGAGCCACAGCCAGGUCACCAAGACCUUCAAAGACAGCUGCCCUGGGAAGAAGCUUUUGAGGACAGACCUUCAGUACCACACAGAUUCCCUUUUGGAAGAUGCAAAUGGAAAGCAGCCAGAAAGGAAGAGCUACAACCCCUGGGGACUGCACUGUCACCGGCAGCACCUGAACCGCAUGUCCUCCAAGCAUAACGAGAACAAACUUCAGCAGUUUCUCCUGCUGGAAAACGUCGUGUCCAAGUACAGCUAUCCCUGCAUCCUGGACCUGAAGAUGGGGACUCGGCAACAUGGAGAUGACGCCUCGGAGGAGAAGAAAGCCCGGCACAUCAAGAAGUGUGAGCAGAGCACCUCGGCAUCGCUGGGCGUGCGCAUCUGCGGGAUGCAGGUUUACCAAGCAGACACUGGCCAUUUCCUGUGCAAAGACAAAUACUACGGGAGGAAGCUCUCCCCGGAGGGAUUCCGGCAGACCCUGCGGCAGUUCCUGUGCAACGGGAACCAGCUGCGGACGGACCUGCUGGAGCCCAUCAUCCUGCGCCUCAAGGCCCUCCUCUCGGUGAUCAGGAAGCAAAGCUCCUACAGGUUCUACUCCAGCUCCCUCCUCAUCAUUUACGACGGACAGGAGCACAAGGAGAGCGCGGAUCAUCACCUCCCCUUCCCAAAAACUCACGGCACGAACCCCUCCCGGGUGGAUGUGAGGAUGAUAGACUUUGCCCACACCACCUUCAAAGGCUCCAAGAGCAAUCCCAACCCCACCCUGCACGACGGGCCGGACCAGGGCUACAUUUUUGGCCUGGAGAACCUCAUCAAAAUCCUUCAGAACCUGUCAGAAGGGAAAUGAGAAUUUCUGUGAAACGGCCUGGAUUUCCUAGUGACCGAUAGCCCUGAAAAUCCCGCCUGGGGUUGGCUGUGUAGGACCCUCCAGCUGCUGGACGUGGCAUGGAACGAGCACGGAUAACUCGGGAAGUGCUGAGAACUCUCUGUGUGCCGUCACUGAACUGAAGCGUGGAAAGCAGAGAGCUGGAAGAAUCUGUUCUCUCUGCCAUCCAUCAGAAGAUUUAUUUUCCUUUCUGGUUUGACUGCUGUCCUUGAUUUAUUUUGAGCCAAAGCAAGCAUUACUUGGGAAGAGUCUUAAUGAUAAACCAGGACCUGCUUGCCCCGCAGCCGAGUGGGAGGAGGGGCUUUGGGGCAGGAACGAACGGAUGGAGCUUCCCUUUCUGCUCCUGCUCCUCCAACAUUCCCAGUGCCCCUGGUCAGGAUUCUCUGUGCACAUAUUCAGACACUCAGACCAAGAGCUGCACCUCGCCAAGCUUUAAUCCCUGUGGGGUUAUAACAGGGGAAUUUUCCACGGAUUUUCUAGGAAAGAGGCUCCACUGGGGCUGGAAGUACGGGAAUGCGAUGACUCUGUCAGCUAUCAGCCACAAAAAACGUUCACAUCAAGUGAUUUUUGCUUAAAAAAAAACAGAAAAAAAAAGAAAAAAAGUGUGAGAUUGAGUCAGGGACUGGACAUCAAAGGUCACCCAGAAAUUCUUGGAUACAAAUACUGCGUGUGCGUGUCUGCGUGUGCGUGUUUGAAGGAGACAGUCACAAAAGACUCUUAAAAAUAAUGUUUACAGCUUUUGUGGACAGAUUUUAUGGUGAUGAUGAUGGAACAAAUGCAAUUCCUUCCUGCAUGGUGUGGGAAACCUGAAGGAGAACUCCUUGCACAAGGAAUAGAGCUACAGAACUCCGCUACCGGGGAGUGGGGAUAUAAAUAAAAUUGUGGAAGUAA